AAUCUAUUUGUUUUUCUAUCUUGGUUUUCUAGUAAUACUCUUGAGUUUUGGGAAGAAUAAGAGUCUUGUUUUGUUAUCAAGGUCCUGGAAUGUUUUAGUUUAAUCGAAGUCACUGAGUUGAGUCCAAACUUUAAAAAAAAUCACGUCGGAUUAGCGUCAACAAACAUGUCAAAGUCUUAUUAUUUGAUAACUGCUCAUUGCUAUGUUGGUGAUCAAAUUAAAUUAACAGUUCUCUCACAUCAGUAAAAGAUAAAAAAGGCUAAAAAAGCUAAUGACUUUAUUCAACAAAGAUGUACUUCAUGUGUUUGUUAAUUUGGUGUUUGCAAGCAAGUUGUUUUCUUUGAUGAGCAAGUUACCAUAUGACACCAAACCCUCUUCCUUUCAAGAUCUUUGUAUUGCCUUUCUUCUUAUGCGUUCCAACAUAAUCUAACUAUUAACCAGUCAACUGUAGAUUAUCUUGUUUAUGCACACCGGAAAAAAACCUAGACCAUAUAAUGAAGAGUAUUAGUAUACUAAGUAAGGAUUGACAUGAUAGUAAAAACAAGACUUAAAACCAUUUAUUAUCAAGAUUUCAACUGAUGUCAAACCAAAUUAGAAAAACUAAGAAGAAGAACAAUCAACUUUAAAAAAAAAAAAAAGAUUCUGAAGAUUUUAUAAAGAAAUCAGUCACGGUUUAAAACUUUUCAUAGUUUUCAGUCAUCAGUGGGAUGCAACAAAUAAGGUUUUCUUUCAUUCGAAUAAGUAACCGAACGGGACUAGGACAACAACAUAACAUCACAGAUGAUAGCAUGUAAAAAUAAUAAAGCUGAAUCCCUCAAAAAAAUUGAUUAUGUAUCAAAGAUAUAAAAAUCAGUCACUACUUUUAACAUUUUUCUAUUAUUAAUCGUCUUUGGGAUUCAACUAAAGUCCAUAUAAAUGUAAAAUCUAUACUUUAUCAAAACAAAAACGCCCAAAUUAAAAAUUGCUACAAGAACAAAACAAGAAGAAAGCAGAGAAACGAACGGGCAAGAAUAUAUUUGCGUAAUGCCCUUUUUCAAAAAAAAAGAAAAGAAUAUAUUUGCGUAUAAAGUCUCUUAAUAAAGAGACUAUAUUUUAACAGUUUACUAUAAAAGUUUACGUUCAACUUACACCAUACUAAAACAUUUUAUAAAAUCCUAGCCUGAUAACCCUAUAUGAAUCAUACUAAAAAAGUUAUUUAAAUUUUUUAUUAAUGUAGAGUAUAAUUUAAUAAUGAAUCACAUGUAUUGGAAUUCCAAAUUUUCUGGUAUAAAACAUUAAUGAACAUUUAAUUUAAAGUUACAAAAAAACUUUUAAUUGGACUUCCUAAUUUCAAAAACAGUUUUGGGAAGAUAAAUUUCUUUUGUAUCGCUUUCCAAAAAGUUCCCCUCGUACUAGUAUUUAUCAACCUAUAAGGAGAGGAGACGAAGCAAUCCGUAUCCUCUUGUCUUCAGCAUUUGACGCCUUUAAAAGCCAUGGCUGAAGUGUUUGGUGAUUUCAUCUUUUGCGUCUCUUAGGGGUAAAUACUUUGUCAUUCUGACCGUUCUACUCUUUUAAUUCCUUAACACUGUAUGAUUUGUCAAAAAUGGUUACUCGUACGGAAAGAAAACUGUUAUCAAUUUAUCAUGCGUAAUCUUUGUGUUUGUUUUUUUUUGUUUGAUUGUCCUAGUAACAGAUUUGAGUGUUUAGGAGUCAUCAUCAAGAACAAUGGGGAAUGAAACUGAUAAGAAGUUCACUUGGGUUAUUAAGAAUUUCUCCUCUUGGCGAUCCAAGUGUGUUCGGUCUCGUACAUUCGUGCUCAGUCAAUGCCAAUGGAGUCUUGGCGCGUUUCCGAGAGGAGUUGACAAUGCUAGUUGUUUUUUAUCUCUGUAUUUGGUUGUUUCUAAUCCUGUAUCUUUGCCUUCUGGAUGGAGACGGCACGCUAAAUUCUCCUUUACUCUUGUAAAUCAAUUUCCUGGAGAAGUCUCUCAACUGCGAGAAAUUCAAUACUGGUUUGAUCAGAAGGACAGCAUGCAGGGUUUUCAGUCGAUGAUUCGUCUUUCCGACCUUAAUGCCAGAUAUAGCGGGUUUCUUGUGAAUGGUGAACUCAAGAUUGUUGCAGAGGUUGAUGUUCUUGAAGUUGUAGGUGAACUAGAUGUACCAGUGGUAGCUACAGACUUCGUGGAUAUCAAUGGGUUUCAAGUCCUUGCUUCACAAGUAGAAUCUGUGAACAGUUUGUUUGAAAAGCAUCCAAACAUUGCAUCAAAUGUCCGUGCAAAGAAUUCACAUCUGAGAACAACAUACUUGAAUAUCUUACUAAGCUUGACUGAGAUUCUAUCCAAGUCUCCUGAGGAAAUCUCCAACAGUGAUAUGCUUGAAGCAUAUUCUGCACUGAGAUUUGUGACAAAUGAGGGGUUUAAGUUGGACUGGUUGGAGAAGGCACUGAAAGAAGCUUGUGAGAUUGAAUGACUUGACUGAAAAGCGAGCAGGCAUGGAUGCUCUGCUGAAUAGCCUAAAACGAUGUUUAGAGUUUUAAAUCUAUUUGGUGUUCUGGUCUGUUUGUUUUCUGUUUUCGUUUUCUACAAAGUAAUGUUCUUGAACUAGGGGCGUGAAGAGACUUGUUUCGUUAUCAAUGUGUUGAAUGUUUCUUUUCUAUUAACUUUUGUUUCUUGACGGAAUGGUAAAUCAGGAAUGUCAGUGUGUUUAGUUUGAAAAAGACAUUGUUGUUUAGGAUUUGCAAACAUGCUAAAGGCCGAAUUUUUGGUUUAAUAUAUGUUAGGUUAUGUUCUUUGCUAAGUUGAUGAUGAAAUUAACUGUAGCAAUUAGCUCACAAUAGUGAAAAGUUAAGGUUAAUGACUUAAUGCAGCAGAUACCCACUCACUCUAUCCGUGGUCGCAGCAGAAACGAAUAGGUCCAUAACCCACAUGUCCAAGGAACAAAACCAUUCUGCUUCUCAGCCAUACAUGUUUGCUAAAUAACAGUAUUCUCUACCAUUCCAUCUAGUAUUUUAGAUGGAGGCCAAAGAACAGAAACUCUUCAAAACAGCUCAGCCUAAGUCUGAAAAGAUUUCGGUCACAUAAGAAGCUAUAAUAUCGGAUCGGUCAGGUGUCCAAUGCUAUAAUUGUAGACAGCUCGGAACGUUACGGUUACUUUCUUGAACGAGACAGAAUAUAUGACACCAAAUCCUCUAUUAUGUACAAGACCUUUGGCUGACUUUCGAGUCAAAAUAGUGCAGAUUAUUUCUUAUUGUUAAAGCAUAACUGAGGAAAAAAACCAGAGCAUAUCAUGGAUGAAUCUUAGUAUACUUAGUACGGAUUGACAUGAAAAUGACGAAAAAACAACAUUUUAAUAAUCAUUUCAACAUUCCAAUGAUGUCACACCAAAUUUAAAAAACGAAGAGCAGGAAAUAUUUUCAACUAAAACCCCAUCAUUUUCUAAAGAUUUCAUCAAGAAAUCAAUCCUCAGUUUGAAGAAACCAAACGGCGCAACCAGAUCACAGAGGAUUGCAUAUAAAAAACCGAUAGAACAAUUGAUGAAUCCCUCAGAAUUUGAUUAUUCGUCAAUAUAUAGUCAGUCACUACUUUUAACAUUUUUUUAUUAUUCAUCAUCAUUGGGAUUCAACCAAAAGCCACACAAAUGAAAAUUCUAUACUUAGAUCAAACAAACAAAACUCACUGAAUUAAUAUGAAACAGAACAGAUUAACAAGUAAUACAAGAACAAAACAGAGAAGCAGUUAAAAGACACUCAGAGCUGCAAUAUCAACAAGAAGAUAUCAGUCACUACUUUUAACAUUUUUAAUCA